UUAUCUCAUUAUUAUCUAUUGAAAGUUGUAAGUGGAUACUAAGUAACCGGACAACACAAAGAAAAUACUAUUGUAUUGACUCAUCCGCAGUUGUAAACAAAAAUUUCUUCCAAGUCAAACAAGUAAGAAACCAAUAAUUUUUUUCCCAAUAAACUAAAGAAAAAUUCAAUCUUUCUUUUUCUUUAUUAUUAAAUUUAUUCUGUCGUUAUAGCCAUUGGUCCAUUGUAUCAAACUCGAUUCUUUCAAUAAACUAUUUUAGUAGCCAUUUUGUUAAAGCAAGCCAGGAAUCACGUGCCCUUUUAAGUUUAGUUUGUUUUCUUAAGGAAAUAAUAGAUAAGAAAAUUUUGUAUAUAAAUAAGGAGAAUUAUGUAAAAGGAAUGAAUAGAAGAAAGGUUGUGUUUUUGGUUUGUGAGAAUCUUGGGAUUCUCCAAAAUGGGUGUUGGUGGUGUUGUGUUGAGCUGUGUUUGUGUUUGGUUGAUUGUGGUUGGAGUUGAGGCAUACCCAGUUGAGGAUCUGGUGGUGGGAUUACCAGGACAGCCCAAAGUUGGGUUUAGACAAUAUGCAGGGUAUGUUGAUGUGGAUGUCAAAGCUGGAAGGAGCUUGUUUUAUUACUUUGUUGAAGCAGAUAAGGUGCCUGAUAAAAAGCCCCUUACACUCUGGCUCAAUGGAGGUCCUGGUUGUUCAUCUAUAGGUGGAGGAGCAUUUACAGAAUUGGGUCCAUUCUAUCCGAAAGGCAAUGGCCGAGGACUUCGCAGAAAUUCAAUGUCAUGGAACAGAGCAUCAAAUCUCCUCUUUAUUGAGUCUCCUGCUGGUGUGGGAUGGUCAUACUCGAACACAUCUUCAGAUUAUAAUGCCGGCGAUGCUUCCACUGCGAAUGACAUGCGUGUAUUCUUCUUGAAAUGGUACGAGAAAUUCCCGUCUUUCAGAUCUAGAGAUUUGUUUCUUACAGGAGAAAGCUAUGCAGGGCACUACAUACCACAAUUAGCUAUUGCUUUAUUGGAUUACAAUGAACAUUCAACUGGUUUCAAGUUCAAUAUUAAAGGAAUUGCUAUUGGGAAUCCUCUACUCAGACUUGAUAGGGAUGUUCCAGCUACAUAUGAAUUCUUUUGGUCACAUGGAAUGAUUUCUGAUGAAGUCGGUCUCACCAUCAUGAACGAAUGUGAUUUCGACGAUUAUGUCUUUGCAAGUCCCCACAAUGUAACACAGUCUUGCAACACAGCCUUAUCUGAAGCCAAUGACAUAGUUGGUCAGUACAUAAACAAUUACGACGUGAUCCUUGAUGUUUGUUAUCCAUCCAUAGUCGAGCAAGAGCUGAGGUUGCGAAAAUUGGCUACUAAGAUAAGCGUCGGUGUUGAUGUGUGCAUGACUUACGAAAGGCGUUUCUAUUUUAACCUUCCCGAGGUUCAGAAAGCUCUUCAUGCCAACCGAACAAAUUUACCUUACAGCUGGUCCAUGUGUAGUGGAGUUUUGAAUUACAGUGACACAGAUGGUAACAUAAACAUCCUACCAUUGCUCAAAAGAAUAGUUCAAAAUCACAUUCCAGUUUGGGUUUUUAGUGGCGAUCAAGAUUCCGUGGUGCCUUUACUAGGUUCAAGAACACUCAUCCGUGAACUAGCACACGAUCUGAAUUUCAAGAUUACAGUACCAUAUGGAGCUUGGUUUCACAAAGGCCAGGUAACCCAAUGCUGCAACAAACUUCUUGAUUUCUUUGGUGUUCAUGUUCGAGUCAUGAAUCUUAUGAGUGGUGUUAAUGCGUGCCAUGUUUUUCGACAGGUUGGAGGCUGGGCUACCGAGUAUGGAAAUCUGCUGACUUUUGCCACAGUAAGAGGGGCUGCACAUAUGGUGCCAUAUGCACAGCCUUCCAGAGCAUUGCAUCUGUUCAGCUCGUUCGUCAGCGGCCGAAGGCUGCCAAACAAUACCCGUCCUUCUAUUGAUGAUUGAGAAGAGUUACUAUUGAGUGGAAGAUUAGUAGCUUUUUUCUUUUUAGUUGAAGAAUAUAGAAAAUUUGCUUUUCAUAAAGGCAAUAAGGAAAGAUGAUAAUAGUGAUUGGUUAGUUUUCAUGGAAUAUUUAUCAAAGAAAGAAAGGGAAAACAAUUGAUUGUAUUUUGCAAAAUUGUUAAAAUGUGAUUAAGCAAUUUCUACA